UAGUGCAGAACUAAUGGAGUUUAAUGCAAAUAAACUCAGCAAUAAAUACAUCAACCUGCGACAAGAUCUUCACAACAAAUUCAAAGAAAUUCACGAUGAUAAAGCCAUGACACUUCAUGAUAUUCUGGAGCAGAUGGAAAGGAUGCGUCUUGCUAAAUGCCAGAUCAAAUACAGCAGUCUGCGAACUUCGCUAGACUUCUAUCGGGCAGUGAGAGAGAUGCGAAAACAAGAACAUCGAAUGUUAACCCAACCACAGAUGAUUGGAAGACAGUCAUCUAUCAGAGGAAACUGGUACACAGACUUGCUAGUCAAUCUUCCUGAUGAGGUCAAGGACAUCUGGUACUAUCAAGUCAUUAUACAAAAAUUAGGAAAGUAUGGUCUGAUGGAGAACACAAGCAAGCAGAGUGUCUACACAUUUCUCAAAGUUCUUGAAGGCCUUCACCUCUGGGAAAUCUGCAACCCUGACAUCUCAGCGGCUGCCGAGUUCUGCCGAGCCAAAAUUGUGGAAAUGUCAAUAGAAGAAUAUGAAGAAUGGUUUGCCCAAGCUUUUCCUAAAGUUGUGAGACCCAAGACAGCACCUGCGAGGUUUACACAGCAGGGUUCGGCUCUGAAAACCGAGUCAAAGAAUUCAAAUGAUGCUGGCGUUAAUGUUAAGGAUGGUAGGAAAUCUGGGAGUGAAUUGCUAACCGGGAUGAUUCAUGCUGGAGCUCUUUCCAGAAGUGCAACAUCUGGGCCGCGGAGUGGUGGUAGCCAAAGGAUUGACAUGGUCCACUCUGGUGCUGGAAGACAGAGAUGA